AUGGCGCUCGCCCGCGUCCUGCUGGCUGCCGCGGCGGCGCUGUGGGGGACCUGCCCCGCCGACGCUUCCCAGCCGCCUCCUCUCCCCGUCCAGCACCGCCAGCCCGGCGGCGGCGGCGGCGGCGGCUGUCCCCGCGGCGGCCGCUUCGUGGACGUGACCGAGUCGGGCGCGGCGUGCCUGCCCUGGGCGGACGUGCCCGCCUUCGUGGAGCGGACGCCGCGGGGCGGCGGGCUGCGCGGCCAGCGCAACUUCUGCCGGAACCCCGACGGCCGCAGCCGGCCCUGGUGCUUCUACAGGAACGGCCGCGGCAGGGUCGACUGGGGCUACUGCGACUGCCGGCGGGGGUCAGUGAGACUUCGAGGUGGCAAAAAUGAGUUUGAAGGCACAGUUGAAGUUUAUCUGAAUGGAAUAUGGGGGACAAUUUGCAGCAGUCAUUGGGAUGAUAAUGAUGCACUGGUGAUAUGCAAACAACUGGAACUUGGAGAAAGAGGCACAGCAAAGCAAACCCCAUUCUCUGGACUGGGCCUUAUCCCUGUUUACUGGAGUGAUGUACAUUGCCAUGGUGAUGAAGAAAACAUCCUGCUAUGUGAAAAACAUAUUUGGCAGGGUGGAACGUGUCCUCAAAAUAUGGCAGCUGCUGUCGCGUGUAGCUUUUCUCAUGCCUCUGAUUUUAUCCCGAUCCGGCUGGUUGAUGGGAGCAGUGCUCAUGAAGGAAGAGUGGAAGUCUACCAUUCUGGUCAGUGGGGGACCAUCUGCGAUGACCAAUGGGAUGAUGCUGAUGCUGAGGUAGUCUGCAGGCAGCUUGGUCUUGGGGGUGUUGCCAAGGCUUGGAGCCAAGCUUAUUUUGGAGAAGGUUCAGGUCCUGUGCUGCUAGAUGAAGUGCGUUGUACAGGAAACGAACUGUCUAUAGAACAAUGUCCAAAGAGUUCCUGGCAAGAGCACAACUGUGGCCACAAAGAAGACGCAGGAGUAUCCUGCACUCCCCUAGCAGAUGGUGCAAUCAGACUAGCAGGUGGGAAAGGGAACCACAAGGGACGGCUGGAAGUGCUUUACAAUGGACAGUGGGGCACCGUCUGUGAUGAUGGGUGGACUGAACUGAACACUCAGGUGGCUUGUCAGCAGUUGGGAUUUAAGAAUGGAAGAAGUUCAUUGGAACACGACCCGGAAGAGACCGUGGGACCUAUCUGGUUGGAUGAUGUCAGCUGCUCAGGAAAGGAGUCUGCUAUUGUCCAGUGUUCAAAGAGGGAAUGGGGAAGGCAUGACUGUAGCCACCAAGAGGAUGUCCGACUCAGCUGCUAUCCAGAUAAUGACAGCCACAAAAUCUCACUGGGGCCUCCCAUCAGACUGAUGGAUGGUGAAAAUAAGAAAGAAGGACGGGUGGAGAUCUUUAUCCAUGGCCAGUGGGGGACAAUUUGUGAUGAUGGAUGGUCUGAUAAGGAUGCAGCUGUGGUAUGUCGACAGCUUGGCUACAAAGGCCCAGCAAGAGCAAGGACUAUGGCAUAUUUUGGAGAAGGAAAAGGUCCAAUCCAUGUCGAUAAUGUGAAAUGCACAGGAAAUGAAAGAUCCCUGGCUGACUGCAUUAAACAGGAUAUUGGCAGACACAAUUGCCGUCAUAGUGAAGAUGCUGGUGUGAUCUGUGACUAUCUUAACAAGAAGGCAUCUGGGAACACCAACAAGGAUUCUCUCGCUUCUGUGUGUGGGUUGAGGUUAUUGCAUCAUCGCCAGAAACGUAUCAUUGGUGGGAAAAAUUCUUUAAGAGGCGGGUGGCCCUGGCAGGUUGCUCUGCGACUGAAAUCAUCCCAUGGUGACGGACGAUUACUGUGUGGUGCCACUCUUAUCAGCAGCUGCUGGGUGCUUACCGCAGCCCACUGUUUUAAGAGGUAUGGCAAUAACACUCGCAGCUAUGUGGUACGAGUUGGGGACUACCACACUUUGGUGCCCGAGGAAUAUGAGGAAGAAAUUGGAGUGCAAGAGGUUAUCCUGCAUAAGGAAUACAGGCCUGACAGCAGUGACUACGACAUUGCACUAGUGAGGCUGCAAGGACCUGAGGAGCAGUGUGCCAGGUUCAGCACUCAUGUCUUACCUGCCUGCUUGCCACUCAGGCGAGAGAGGCCACAGAAAACAGCUCCAAAUUGCUUUAUCACCGGUUGGGGUGACACAGGAAGGUCUUACUCAAGAACAUUACAGCAAGCUGCUAUCCCCCUGCUUCCCAAGAGGAUCUGUGAAGAAAGGUAUCGGGCACGGUUCACAGGGAGGAUGCUCUGUGCUGGUAGCCUCCAAGAGCAGAAACGUGUGGACAGUUGCCAGGGAGACAGUGGUGGACCAUUGAUGUGUGAACGCCCAGGAGAAAACUGGGUUGUGUAUGGGGUAACCUCCUGGGGUUAUGGCUGUGGAGUCAAAGAUUCUCCAGGUGUCUAUACCAAAGUUUCUUCUUUUGUUCCCUGGAUAAGAAGCGUGACCAAACUAUGA